CUUUCGUUGCCAUUAGUUGCGUGCGUCAGCGAGACCCUUGCGUGCAUAUCCGCUUUACUUCCGCCCUCUUCUUUUCCCCCAACCACGUGUGUUUACUUUCGUGUCUUUUUUUUCCCCAGCAUGGCUGCUCCCGGUGUGUCUGCCGCCUCUGUAGCCGGUGCAGGAGCCCUCCGCUCUGGCAUGGCAGCGGGGAUAGCCGCCGCCGCUUCUGCUGCAGCAGCCCCGCUCGCCCUGCGCAUAGUGGCGGAAUGUCCGGUGAGCAAAGCCCGGGCGUGCGAGCUCACUCUCCCGCACUGCACGGUGAGCACCCCGGUGUUCAUGCCGGUGGGGACGCAGGGCACGCUGAAGGGAAUCACGUCGAGCCAGCUGGAAGCGCUCGGCUGUCAGAUAUGCCUCGGCAACACCUACCAUCUGGGCAUGAGACCGGGUCCUGAGCUCAUUAAGAAAGCCAGCGGUCUGCACGGCUUUAUGGAUUGGAAACGCAACCUCCUCACGGACAGCGGAGGGUUCCAGAUGGUGUCCCUGGUGGAGCUGUCGGAGGUGACGGAAGAGGGGGUGCGUUUCCGCUCCCCGUACGACGGCAAAGAGAUCCUGCUCACUCCCGAAGAGUCCAUCGGCAUUCAGAACUCUCUGGGCUCGGAUAUCAUGAUGCAGCUGGAUGAUGUGGUGAGCAGCACUGUGACAGGACCCCGUGUGGAGGAGGCGAUGCACAGAUCUAUCCGGUGGUUGGAUCGCUGCAUCAAGGCCAAUGGAAACCCAGACAGACAGAACCUGUUUGCCAUCAUUCAAGGGGGGCUGGACCCAGAACUCAGGAAGACGUGUCUGGAAGAGAUGACGAAGAGAGCGGUCCCUGGCUUCGCUAUCGGGGGGCUGAGCGGCGGGGAGGAGAAGGAGCAUUUCUGGAAGAUGGUGACCCUCAGCACAGACCACCUUCCCCGGGAGAAACCUCGAUACCUCAUGGGAGUCGGGUACGCGACGGACCUGGUGGUGUGUGUGGCUCUGGGCUGUGACAUGUUCGACUGUGUCUUUCCCACCAGAACUGCAAGGUUUGGCUCAGCGCUGGUCCCCUGGGGUUCCCUGCAGUUGAAACACAAGCAGUUUGCAAAAGACUUCCAGCCCAUUGACUCGGACUGCGAGUGCGCCACCUGCAGGAGGUACAGCCGUGCCUUCCUUCACGCCUUGUUUAAGAGUGACACGGCUGCCAUGCACCACAUCACAGUGCACAACAUUGCGUACCAGAUGUCUCUGAUGCGCUCGGUCCGGCAGAGCAUCGUGGAGCAGAGCUUCCCUGCCUUCGUGCGCCGCUUCAUGGAGAGGAUGUACAGCAGCCAGGAGAAGUACCCGAGCUGGGCCGUGGAGGCGCUGGCAUCAGUGGGCAUCACACUGGAGUGAGGAGGCGUUGAGGGACUGAUCCAGACACACACACACACACACACAGUGAGGAGGCGUUGAGAGACUGAUCCAGACACACUCACACACACACACAGUGAGGAGGCGUUGAGAGACUGAUCCAGACACACUCACACACACACACAGUGAGGAGGCGUUGAGAGACUGAUCCAGACACACUCACACACACACACUGACACACACACACAGUGAGGAGGCGUUGAGGGACUGAUCCAGACACACUCACACACACACACACACACACACACAGUGAGGAGGCGUUGAGAGACUGAUCCAGACACACUCACACACACACACACACACACACACACACAGUGAGGAGGCGCUGAGAGACUGAUCCAGACACACACACACACUGACACACACACACAGUGAGGAGGCGUUGAGGGACUGAUCCAGACACACUCACACACACACACACACACACACACACACACACACAGUGAGGAGGCGUUGAGAGACUGAUCCAGACACACACACACACUGACACACACACACAGUGAGGAGGCGUUGAGGGACUGAUCCAGACACACUCACACACACACACACACACACACACACACACACAGUGAGGAGGCGUUGAGGGACUGAUCCAGACACACUCACACACACACACACACACACACACACACAGUGAGGAGGCGUUGAGAGACUGAUCCAGACACACACACACACUGACACACACACACAGUGAGGAGGCGUUGAGGGACUGAUCCAGACACACUCACACACACACACACACACACACACACACAGUGAGGAGGCGUUGAGGGACUGAUCCAGACACACUCACACACACACACACACACACACACACACACACACACAGUGAGGAGGCGUUGAGGGACUGAUCCAGACACACUCACACACACACACACACACUGACACACACACACAGUGAGGAGGCGUUGAGGGACUGAUCCAGACAGACACACACACACACAGACACACACACACACACACACACACACACACACACAGUGAGGAGGCGUUGAGAGACUGAUCCAGACACACACACACACUGACACACACACACAGUGAGGAGGCGUUGAGGGACUGAUCCAGACACACACACACACACACACAGUGAGGAGGCGUUGAGGGACUGAUCCAGACACACACAGACACAGACAGACAGACAGACACACACACAGACACACACACACAGCAGCCCUAUCAAGAAAACCCCACGAUAUUUUUACAAAUAUGUGACAAAAUCUGCAACCAUUUCUGUACAAAUUUCAGAACACCGUACAGUUCCCAAACAGCGCCGAGUAGGGAAACGAAAUGGUAAAAGUGAUUUUGAUUUUUACAGAAAGUCUCGCGUGUACCCCAGCCUGGGCCCCUGUUAGCGCAGCAUAUUGCUUCAAAUGUUGUUUUUUGUUUUUUAAUUCCCCUGAUCUAUACCAUGUUGUAACGCCACCUGUUGCUCAGAACUGGUAUUACACAUUCAGGUGAAUUUUAUUUUAGGGUUGAUCCAGGUUUUUAAUGCGUUUUUUAAAUAAACUCUUGGAUUUUAAAACUUUUA